CCUUUCCUGGAGUUUUAGCACUGCAUGCUGCAGCCGUCACAGGGUAAGGUUUACCUAACAUGAAGUAACAACAUUAGUUAGUUCAGUAUUAGUUGAACUGCAGCCGGAGUGAGUGAAGUCCUUGAGUUGAGAUCAUUGCGGAUUCGCUGUACUCUCUCUGCAGACAUUGCAGUGCACGGCUUUAGCCAUAAGUGUAACUGUUUCCGCUGUUCGUGAGCGAGUCGCCUGGGUGGUAUCGUUCGGCGAUUGUCGGCGUGCCUAGCGCCUGACGCGUUGCCUCCAAGCUCUUGCCAUUUGCAGGUGGUGCCCCCCGAGUACAGUAGACACGGCUGAUUGAUCUGCAGCUCACAGCACAGCCUCACAGGCUCGCGAAAACCAUUAGUGCAAUUUGUAGUCCACUAAGCACACUCCACAACUCCUGCUUGGUCUACACCACAAUACUAGUAUUACUACUACUACUAGUACUACUAGUGUGGUUGACUAGCGCUGCCCCAGCUGCCCUAGCUGCCCCAGCGACGUUCCAUGAUCAACAAAGCAUAGCAGUGAGCUGGCAAAGGCUUGGGUCGUUGGGACCACGGCAAAACUGUACAUUCGUUGCGUACAUCUACUGUGUAGUGACCGCCGGAGAAAAGGACGGUGAGGCGGCCUGGCCCUAAGACAGUAAGAGUAGGCUAAGUGCUGAAGUCGUGGCCGUGUGUUACUUUUAGCACCAGUGUACUGGAUCGAUCCACACCUGGAAAAAAAUAUCCCUCUGCCCACAUCCUAGUGGCGCGCGUUGUGGCGGUGAGGCGCGUUGAGGCGGUGUACCUGUUACUAGCUGAGUGGGUGCUGUUGCUGCGUGUGUUGAACAAGACGAGGAGGCAGAAUGGCGGCCAGCAAUGGAGGUGCUCUUGCUGGGCAGCUGAUUGCAGUUGGUCUGCUGUUAGUUCUGAGCACAGUGCAUGCUCAGUCGAAUUCAUCAGCAUUUUUGAACACCCUACCGAUUGAAAUUGUUCAAGUGGAUGGUGGGCCUGUGGUGCUGACUAUCAGUGCAACUCAAGCUGCUGUUCGAGGCAUCUUGAACUGGCGCUACGCACCUGAUAGCAGCACAAACCCGACAAGUAUCGCUCGGCACAGUGAUGCCGCAGACAUCAGCGUCGUUAGGAAUGGACUGGUCAUGCAGGUGAACCUGAGCUUUCCGAUGACGGCUGCACGAGAGGGACUCUACUCAAUCGCAAUACUUGGCGACUUUGAUGAUCUAGUUGAAGAGACUAACUUUACAAGUGUGCGAAUCGCAGUUGAGCCAGAGAUCACUACGACUGAUGAUAUUGUUGUCAACGAAGGGUCCGACGCAGUCAUGCGAUGCAACUCCACGGGCUUCCCCGUGCCUCUGAUGCAGUGGUGGGACGGUGAGGGUCAGCUACUGGUGGAGCGCUACACAACAUCCUUGGAGUAUGCGCUACCGAAUGUGCAACGUGGAAGCGCUGAGGAUUACGUUUGCAAUGCCACCAACAUGGCUGGUGACGUCAACAUCACAAGGAAGCUAAUUGUACAAUACAAACCGGAAAUCACAGGCAUUUCGCAAUCGCAGCUCUUGCCUGUCGAAGGCCCUCUCCUACUGACGUGCAGCGCUAUUGGUGUUCCCGCUCCGCAUGUCUUCUGGACUCAUCACCGCCACAAUCUGACACUCGUCAACCACUUGGUGCUGACACGGGCACGUGACGAGCACCACGGCGGACUCCGCGGACACUCCAACGUCUCCUCAGCUCAGACCAUGACUGGAGAUGAGGGCCAAUACACAUGCCAUGCGAUCAAUGCAGUUAGCAGUGUCAGGAGCCAUGCUCACAUCACGCUGCAACAUCGACCCGACGCACCGGUCCUAAAAGCAGUCGAUAGCAUGCAGGUCACGACCGACUCGGUCAUGAUCAGCUGGCCUAUGCCGAACUACCACAACAGCACAAUCAUCCUGUACGAGGUGGAGGUGCGGCUGCGAGACAACGACACCUGGAUCGCCGUUCCAGUCGCCUCCUCUACCGUUACAGCCCUGGACAGCAUGAUAACUGGCCUCACACCAUGGAGUGAAUACCACUUCCGUGUGCGAGCGCUGAAUGCAAUUGGCUACAGUGAUUUCAGCAACGAGACGGCUGCUGUGCGCACCUAUCCACUUGACCCUGUGGCGCCUGAGGAUGUCGAGGUGAUGUUGGCUGAAGCAACUUCGAUCACGCUUCGUUGGCAGUUACCGGACACGUGGACUGACCAGCGCGGUGUACUGAGACGCGUUCUGGUGUCCUACAAACGACAGACGAGUGGCGCAACAGGCAUGCUACUACAAGAGAAUGUUACUGUUGGUGCUGGAGAAACUAUGGGAGAUGUUAGAGUAUCUGGAUUGGAGAAGGGCUCGCAGUACUCAUUCAAAGUCACCUUUGACAAUGGAUUUUCCAUGGGCGGCAGCUUUGAAGUUUCGGGCAACACAACAAUCACAAAGCCUGGCAACGCAACGUCGUUUGAGGCAAGCACACUCAGCCACGAGAAGAUCCGCGUGACCUGGUCCGGUCUGGAUGACGGCGGUACCAGCCUGACCCGACUGGUGUUGCAGUACAAGGAGACAGACGACGAGAACAUGACCUGGACGCCCGUCGACACGGCAACGCCGCCGCCGCUGGUCACCGAUCACAGCAUCGUGCUGACCGGCUUCAGCACUCAGACUACCUACCGCUUUCGGCUCGUCGUCCACAACAGCAAGGGCAAGGGCCGGCCGACCAGCGUGUCCAACGACAUUACGACGCCGGAGUUCCAAUAUCCGCCCGCAGUGGUGCUGCUGGCGGUGACUCCCAGAGCACGGUCAGCGCUCAUCGUCUGGAGUCUGACCGACGAGAACCCACUGGUGCCCAUCACGCACUAUACCAUCCUGUGGCAGACGGACUCCAUGCCACUAGUGGAGGAGGCAAACGUGACCGCGACGCCAGGACUGCGUCAGUACAACAUUGAAGGACUGAAGCGCGACGCCAGCAUCAGCAUGCGCAUGCGCGCCAACAACGAGUACGGCAGUGCGCGCAGUUUCACACCCCAGGUGAUAUUCAAAACCGGGAGAGGUUUGCCGAGUCCACUCCGGGAAGUUCUGCUUCGAGAGAAUGGGCCGGACAAAGUUAAGCUCUUCUGGCGUUUGGAUCUGACCGUGGACGAGUACCCUGCAACGGAACUGCUGUUCUCAUUGAAGCAUGGAGGGCAAGGUGGAGCCGAUAUAGGGGACAUUGCGAUUAACAUCACCAAGAACAGUGGCGAGCAUAUCCUGAGGGACCUGAAGCCACAGACGGCAUACAUUGUCAACGUAUAUGCGGUCAAUGACUUUGGAAGAAGCGAGCUGGCAAGAGAGCGCGCAUUUAGAACACAAGCUGCUCCCCCGAAGGUCUCCUCUCCGACCAUGACAAUCACAAGCACGGUGGUGAAAUCGGGAGGCAGUGACAGCAACAAGACCACCAUCAUCGCCAUCAUUGCCGCCAGCUGUUUCGGCGUGUUGCUCAUUAUGCUGAUGAUCGUCUACCUGAUUUAUGUCAAGAGGAGGAGGACAAAGACAGAUGGGUGGCAGGUGGAUAACAGCGCUCCUGCGCCCACGCGGUCCGGGUCCGGCUGGUACUCAGGGAGUGUUAGGGAAAAGCCGCCUAUUACGGAGCACACCGAUGGCAGCUCAGCCAGUCUCUCACUGCAGCGUACUGCGUCGGACAACAGCUGGGCAAAGUCACCGAUCCGGCAACCGUCCAAGGCCAGCGCUAUGGUGGAGGAUGAACAUGAUGAGCAGCUAGGUACUGUGCAGCCCACAACCUUCACCAGCUUUAGUUUGGCCCGACAGCCGUCUGCUAAUCAAAUGCAGACACCACAGCAGCAGCAGCGGCAGCAGUCACCACCGCCGGCCUUCGGAACUAUACCUGAUCCUCCUUCUCCACCGAGCACACCGCCUAGGACACCGCCGCUCACGCCGUUCAAAGAAAUGAACUCCCCGUCGCCACCCAAGUACCAGAGCUCGCCGAUAGUGAGCCAGCCAACGCACAUAUCGGAUGGUCAUGAUUUCUCAGAAAUCAACCAAACCAACACAUUCGCACCCCUGGCGAGGGCACAGCAGCAACACAGCCCUUCACCGGACACGCUGAAACAGGACACUAUCGUCUAGGUGAUUACCGCCGCCGAAGAUGCCGUGACCUUAACACUAGCUCUAAGCUCACAGGUCACAGAUAGCGUCCGGCUAUUGGUAUGUCCCGUGCUGCAGUGCUAAUCCGACCAACAUCAGCAGUGGCACUGUGCGAGAAUGACAGGUGUCGAGGUGUAUUUGUCUUCCUUCCUCAUCCUCCUCCGUAACCUGACGGCUUGACUUAUGGAGAUCUUUGAACCGUCUUCCUCCCCAUUGCAUGAACAACAACUGGCUAGCCAGCACAGACUGGAGUGGUGCUGUUGCUCAUGCCCGUACUAAAGAACGCUUUAGUUGGUUCAAACUUCAAAGUCCGUGGCCAACUGCUUGAAAUGAAAACCCCACGAAUACAUGCCAUACUUCAACUUCUACUGUAAACUGUCACAGUUAGCAUAUGACAAGAUAGAAGAAGAAUCUCUUCCAUGCCAUCACACAUCCUAGAAUUUAGCACGAGGUAAUAUUCCAGUCAGAUAAUGAUGGAGAUAAAAAUUAUACUGCUUUGGCUAUAGGAAAGACCCCUGUUAUCCCCAAUAGCCUCAUUGAAAUGCCCGAUGUUUGUUUUCCUAUCUAUACCCGGUUUAUGUGGCAGAUACACGUACCAGACCGUAUCUAUUGUAUCUAUUCCUCUGCAGUGAAUUCCUUCAUAUUACUACUACUUUCCUUCUUCUUGCUUUCUUUCGUCGCUCUUAGCCAGUCUUGGGUUCUCCUCUUCACUUGCCAUGUUACAUUGUACAUGAUUCCAACUACUUGUA